CGGCCGUACGCGUGUCCGCACGAAUCGUGCGGGAUGACGUUCACGAACCGCCAAGCGCUGGCGAUGCACAAGAAGAGCAUCCACGACCCGAAGGAGCACGUCUGCCCGGUGCCCGGGUGCGGCAAGCGGUUCAGCAACUCGAGCACGCUGAAUCAGCACCGGUUGGCGCACAGCGACGAGCGGCCGCACAAGUGCGAGGUGGCCGGGUGCGGGAAGACGUUCAAGACGGAGAGCGCGCUGGCGACGCACGGGAGGGUGCACACCGGGGAGAAGCCGUUCAAGUGCGAGGUCGAGGGGUGCGGGAAGAGUUUCGGGUACAAGCUGGACUUGCAGCGGCACACGCGGACGCAC